UUUUUGGUGAAUGAUGGUGAUUGUGUGUGCUAUGCUGGCAGGCUGGCUAGCUGAUGUGCAUGAAUACCACCAAUGGAGGAGAUGCGUCGUUGCUGUUAUAUGGUGCCUCACUUAGUCUUUUGAUCAUUUGUUUACAUUCUCGGACUCGGCUGUGUUGACUGCGAAUGUAGGUGGUUGAGGUGCGAUUUGAUUCAAUUACCUUGCGGCAGGCACGGCACAACGCAGCAACGGUAGGCACUCAGUCAGUGGUUGUGUUGUUGCUGCUGCUCUUGUGUAUUUGUUUGCUCGGUUGUUUGUUUGCACUCGCUCUCCUUCGCCAUUGAGGUGGUACUUACUUUUGCCGGUGGGUUGGAUGCUGGGAUAUUUAAUGGUUUGCACGCUCGCUCGCUUGGUCAGUCGGAACUUAUGGCUGAGAAAUUCUAAACUAUUCUAAUUGGCUUCUCCGAAAUCGAAAUAGGCCCGCUGUGUCUGCCGUUGACUGAAAUUGCCAAUGGUUACCAAUCCUCAUGAAAACUUAAAUAUGGAAGCCGCCAUAAGAACGGGUAACAACACAACCCAAUUGAGUAGCCAGCGGCGAGCCUAUACCAUAUCUCGAGGUACGCUCAUCUUGGCGGCGGCCUUCUUUUUAUGCACCCUAGUCACAGUCUCUGUGCUUAUCUACAAUUUUGCUACCUGCGACAAAUUGAUACCGGCCGAGGAUGAGAACAUCGUGUGUACCACUGUGCAUCUCAAGCACAAGGCCAAUGAGACAAAUGCCACCGCCCUGGCAAUGCCACAUCACGAACGGGAUGUACGCCUGCCACGUUCAAUAAAACCCCUCAAAUACAACAUCUCAUUGGAGCCCUAUCUGUUUGAGGGCAACUUCACCUUCGAUGGGGAAGUUCAAAUUACCGUUGUCGUUGUGGAGGACUGCUACAACAUUACCAUGCAUGCUGCUGACUUGAAUAUUUCUAAGAACGAUGUUGUUGUACGGCCACUUGGAAUGCCCCAAUUUGAUAAGGCACAACGCACAGGUGCCAGUGCCCCCGGCAAUAUGGCAUCACAUGGGCAGGAAAAGGCUGAAGCCCCUAUUGGCACGGAGCUGCGUAUACGGAAGCAGUAUUUGGUGGAGGCUAAACAAUUCUUUGUCAUUGAAUUGUAUGACAAACUUGUGGAAAAUACGAAAUACAUGAUUAAUAUCAAAUUUACCGGCUUAAUACAGGAUACGUUACAAGGAUUCUACCGCAGUUCAUAUCAGGUGGGAAAUGAGACCAGAUGGUUGGCCUCAACGCAAUUUCAAGCCACAGAUGCACGUAGAGCAUUUCCAUGUUUCGAUGAACCUGCUCUAAAGGCGAAAUUUGCAUUGAAUAUCGCACGGCCCAAGCACCUUUCCACCAUAUCGAACAUGCCCAAGAUACGUACAAGAAAACACGAUACUCUAACCGAUUACGAAUGGGACUACUUUGAAGAAUCCGUACCCAUGUCCACGUAUUUGGUUGCCUACAGUAUAUCCGAUUUCAGUAAAUUAUCGAAUGGCAGCUAUUCAGUGUGGGCCCGCCAUGAUGCCAUACAAUCUGCCUCCUAUGCUCUAAGUAUGGUGCCCAAGGCAUUAAAGUUCUUUGAAGACUUCUUCGGUAUUCCAUUUCCACUGCCAAAAAUCGAUAUGAUUGCAUUGCCAGAUUUCGCUUCAGGAGCUAUGGAGAAUUGGGGUCUCAUUACAUAUAGAGAAACCAGCAUGCUUUUCGAAAAAGGCGUCUCAGCCUCAACCUAUAAACAACGGGUGGCCACAGUGGUAACCCAUGAAUUGGCCCAUCAAUGGUUUGGAAAUUUAGUCACUCCCACCUGGUGGAGUGACAUAUGGUUGAAUGAGGGCUUUGCCAGUUACAUGGAAUACGAGUCAUUAGAUGAAAUCGAACCCGAUUGGAGGAUAAUGGAUCAGUUUGUGGUGAAUACUUUGCAGCACGUUUUCCAGCUGGAUGCCAUGUCUUCGUCACACAAAAUUUCCAUAGAAGUUGGAAAUCCAGAGGAGAUAAGCGAAAUAUUCGAUCGCAUAAGCUAUGACAAAGGCUCAACACUAAUACGAAUGAUGGGUCAUUUUCUAACAACGCCAGUUUUUCGCAAGGGAUUGCAUAAUUAUCUCAAGAAUUUAUCAUACCGUUCCGCCGAACAAGAUGACUUAUGGCGUUUCCUGACAUCAGCUGCCCAAGAAGAAGGCCUAUUAGAUCACAGUGCUACUGUCAAAGAUAUUAUGGACACUUGGACCCUGCAAGUGGGCUUUCCCAUUGUCCAGGUGACCAAACAUCCUAAUACGAAUAUAAUACGUUUGGAACAACAACGUUUUGUUUAUAAAAAAUUAAUUGCGGACAAUAAAACACAAGAAGAUCCUUUGUGGUGGAUUCCCAUUACGUAUACCACAGCCGAGGAGUUGGAUUUCAACAACACCAGACCCAUAACUUGGAUUCCACGUUCGAAAAUAUAUGAAAUUGAAAGCCGUAACCUUUCCACUGCAGAUUGGUUUAUAUUCAAUAUACAACAAAGUGGCUAUUAUCGUGUCAAUUAUGAGGUGCAAAAUUGGCAAGCCAUUAUGGAUCAUUUGAUGGAUAAACAGAAGUUCCGUCAAAUCUCUCCUUCCAAUAGAGCUCAACUGAUUGAUGAUGCCAUGAAUUUGGCCAGAGGUGGCCAUCUCAGUUACGACUUGGCAUUGAAUCUCACACGUUAUCUCGUGCACGAGGAUGAUACAACUGCCUGGAAGGCUGCCAUGAAUGCUUUCAAUUUCUUGGAUGCCAUGUUUGGCAGCAUGGGAGAAUACGAUGUUUUCAAGAGCUACCUUUUGAAACUGCUGGACAACCUUUACAACCAAUUGGGCUUUGUGGAAUCCCGUAAUGAGAAUAAUAUGCUGGAGCACUUUAUUCGUGGUGAAAUUCUCAAUAUGGCUUGCCAUUUGGGCCAUCGUGAUUGUAUAGCGGAGAGUAUGAGACACUUCCAAAAUUGGAUGCAGGUACCUAAUCCUGAUGCCAAUAAUCCCAUAUCACCCGAUUUACGCAGCAUAGUUUAUUGUACAGCCAUAGCCUAUGGAACCGAAGGAGAGUGGGAUUUUGCCUAUGAACGCUUUAAGAAGUCCUCUGUGUCAACGGAAAAGGAAAUUUUACUAUCCGCUUUGGGCUGUUCCCGAGAACCAUGGAUUAUUUCAAGAUUUUUACAAUAUUCCAUAACCACGGAUUAUGAUAUAAGGAAACAAGAUGUGUACCGGGUAUUCAUGGGUGUAUCAUCCAAUGUGGUGGGUCAGAAAAUAGCCUUUGACUUUAUGCACAGCAACUACAAAUAUAUGAAAUCAUAUUUGAGCAAUGCCAUGUUAACCUACAACAUGGUCUUGGAAGUGGUAACCAAACGUUUCAAUACCAAAUACCUAUUUGCUGAUCUGGAAACGUUUGUGAAAAAUGAACUCAACGAUACUAGUCGUUCGGUGGAACAAAUACUCGAGCAUGUGCAAGACAAUGUCAAUUGGAUGAACCAAAAUUACAAAACCAUUGCCGAUUGGAUGCGAAGGGAACACCAUCGACCUUCGUCGUAAGUGCUGCGAGCACACCGUACGAACACAGCCUCAAUGUCCACCCACCUUAAUUUUAAUUAUAUUUUUUCUUAAAUAUAUAUGUAUGGUAUUGUAUUGUAUUUUUGUAUUUUUAAUAUUUGUAUUUAUUAACCCUAGUGUCUUUCCUUUGAGAGUAUUUAUUAUGAUUAACUUCACUAAUAUUUAUUACAACUAUAUGUUUUUUUAACUGCUUGUAAUGUAAUGUAAGUGUGAAAAAUGCCAAAAUAUCUCAUCGCAGAUAAAUAUUUAACUACGCUGAGAUAAAAAACAUAAAUGUAAAUUUUAAGCAUAAUGAAAAAUAAUCCAAAGAAUUAUGAACAACUAUUUAUAAAUGUAUUAAAUUUGUUAGUAACGUACUUAAAUGUAAAGAAA